AUGGUGCUCGACUACAGCAAAUGGGACGCCCUAGAGCUGUCAGACGAUUCGGACAUUGAGGUGCAUCCCAACGUGGAUAAACGGUCGUUUAUUCGAGCAAAGCAAAACCAAAUCCACCAGCAGCGACUUGAACGCCGCCAUGAAAUCGAAACUCUGAAAUAUGAACGCAUAAUCAAUGACGGCCUCCUUGAACGCAUUGAUAAGCUGCUUGGUGCGCUCCGUCAGCAUGAGGACUCAACUCGCAACCCAGAAGAGCUUGUUUUCCAGUCUCUUAUCGAGUCAGCGGGGGACCCUGCCAAAGACCAGCCUCCAGCACCGCCAGCCGGUGUCCAUGCGAACGUGAAAGAGCAGCCCAAAUACUCGCAAAUGAUGAGCUCGCUCGUUGACCAGGUGAAAAAGGAGCUCACGGAUUCCAAUAAGGGUACCACAUUUUCGGCGUACAUUACGGGUGUUCAGGGCCACAAGGACAAGGUUUUAGGGCUUCAGCAAGAGUUACUGAAGAAACUAGCUGAGCUGGAACAAGAGGAAGCAAGCAAAAUCACUAGCGACAGCAUCCAUACAGGGUUUGAUAGCUCAUAUGUUGCCAAGUCGAGCCCUGUUGAUAAGGCAAAGGCUUCUGAAGAGAAAGUCGAGCUUCUCAACCCGUCAUCUGUUGCCAGCAAAGAUGGAUACGGCGCACAAUCAUCAGGAGCAGAGGCUGAUGUGGAGGACGAUGAUGACGAGGCUGAUGUUCAGGUCAGCGCACUGGCCAAAAAGUUCGCUACCAUACCCAUGUCGGAUUACAAAGCGAGUCUGCAAUUUAUUUCCGCAAACCCUGAAAUUGUUGCGGAACGGGAGACGGAUGGACUGUUGAUUGAAGCGUUUAAUAGUCAGAUGAAUGGCAAGGCAGACUAUGCUCGUCAGUGUGUCCACCAUGGUCUAUUAUUGCAGUAUUGCCGCUCUCUGGGACGAGAUGGCAUUUCGCUCUUCUUCAAGAGAAUCACUACAAAGGACCACCAAGCCGGUACAUUAUUCAGGAACGACGUGAAUGAGACAUACAACAAGAUCAAGACACGUGCAGCAGAGCUAGCCAAGAACAGCAGUCCAGAAAAUGACCCGGCCGGCGUUGAACAAAUCCAAUUGCAUGCCGUUGAUCCAAACACUAAAAUUAAUAUCUCCAUACCCCCAGCUGACAGUACUGUUCCCGAAGAAAUCGAAGCACGCAAAAUCUUUGACUCGUUCCCUCCAGGCCUCCAACGAGCUCUGAAGUCCGAAUCUCUAGAUGAAGUGAACAAAGUCCUCGGCAAAAUGAGCGUUGAGGAAGCAGAAGAAAUUGUGGAGAAACUCGGACAGGGGGGUAUGCUCAGUCUUGAAGAAGGUAUUGUUGACGCCACGACCGAAGAAGGCAGGAAGAAGCUCGAGGAGAUUGAGGCUGAAGGAAAGAUGCAGAGGGUGGAAGAAGAAACAGAAGAGAUUGGCCAGCCGGUCGAGGAUCAGUUGGAUUGA